ACAUUUCAGUGGGGCAAAAGCCUUUAGCAGCUGCAGCAUCAGGGACUUUGAAACCUUCCUGAAGCAGAACAGGGACUGCCCUUUCAUCAGGCUCACUCUGCGUCAGCCUUCCUACCGCACGGCCAGCUGCGGCAACGGCAUCGUGGAGCCCGGCGAGCAGUGUGACUGCGGGGCGGCGGAGGCCUGUGCGUUAGACAAAUGUUGUACUCCCCAGUGUAACUUCAAACCAGGAAUGAAGUGCUCCUUGGGAUUAUGUUGUGAAAAUUGCCAGUUCAAGCAGAAAAACUCGCAGUGCCGCCCCGCCGCCGACGCGCAGUGUGACCUGGCCGAGUUCUGCAACGGGUCCUCCGCGUCCUGCCCCCCCGACCUGUACGUGCAGGACGGGCACGGCUGUGAGCACGGCACCGGCUACUGCUACAAGGGACGCUGCCAGUCUCCGGACCUGCAGUGCCAGGCGCUCUAUGGGGAAGGUGCAAAAAAUGCUCCUCUGGCUUGUUAUGAAGAAGUCAACAGUCAGCAGGAUAGGUUUGGACACUGUGGCAACCACCCGAAGGAUGGCUAUCAGCCCUGUUCCUGGCCGAAUCUGGGAUGUGGAAAGUUAGUAUGUACAUACCCAAAUCAUAUUCCCUUCACAAAAGUCAAGGGUGCCAUAAUUUAUGCUCAAGUGCAAGAACAUCUGUGCGCGUCUUUCGAUUUUAUGCGUGGACCCACAGCUCUAGAUCCUCUCCUGGUGAAAGAAGGAACAAAAUGUGGUUCUGGAAAGGUUUGUAUGAAUGGCACGUGCCACCCACAUUCAGUCCUGAAGUAUGACUGCGAGGUGCAGAAAAAAUGCCACGGGCAUGGAGUGUGCAAUAACAAGAAGAACUGCCACUGCGAUCCGGGCUGGAACCCCCCCCAGUGCAAGACUCAAGGAUCCUCUGUAGGCAGCAGCAUCGACAGCGUGCUGGGCCCCGAUCGUAUCGCAAAAAGCUCUGCCCUGGCCGUGCUGAAGAACUGGCCGCUGCUGAGCUUUGAUGGCAUCCUCCUCGCCCUGGCCUGUGGCAUCAUCGUGAUUAUGAAGUGGAGCUGGCUGAAAAGAUUCUGUGCAAGGAGGGGAUCGCAAAUGGAUGG